UGUUGUUGCUAUCAUUCAUUUUCAAGAGCAAUGGACGAAGAAAUGCCAAUCUACGAUGUCCUCUGGGAUGAUAUCCCAGAAGAAGCUCUAACAAACGCUUUAAUAGAAGCUACAGAAGCUGCAGAAUCUACUUCAAGAUUUGCAGAGAUUGACGACACCGACAUUGACAAAAUUCUUGACAACGCUCAGUCAAAAAACACAAAGUACUCUACUCUCAGUCAUGUCAAAGUUUACAAAGAAUGGGCUUCUCUAAGAGGAAUAGAAAACCAUCUCGAAGACAUGACCAAUACAGAGCUUGAUAAAGCUUUAACAAGAUUCUACGCUGAAGCUAGAAAUAAGAAAGGGGAAGAUUACAGCCGCUCUACUCUACUUGGCCUCAGAAAUUCAAUUGAGAGAUACCUAAACAACCCACCGCACAAGAAGGGUAUAAAAAUUACAGGAAAUCCUGAAUUUCAUGGAUCCAACAAGUUCCUGGAUGCUAAGAUAAAGAAUCUUAAACAGAGUGGAAAAGAAAACAUCMAACACAAACCUGCAAUAGAGGUAGAAGACUUGAAGAAAUUACAAGAGUCCGAGAUCCUCAAGCCRACGACUCCGCUUAGUCUGCUGCGAAAUGUGUGGUUUCAUACUACUUUGUUUUGGUGUCGCCGAGGACGAGAAGGGCAAAGAUCAUUAACUCCAAGAAGCUUCACUUAUGAAAGAGAUGGUCAAGGAAAUUAUGUCACUAUGACACAUAAUGAGGCGACAAAGAACCACCCAGGAGGAUCAAAUGAUGUGGAAUCGUUCGAGAAAGACGGUCGAAUGUACGAAACCAACCAAGACAUCGAUGGCUUCAAUGCUCUUCGCUUAUACUUGUCCAAACUGAAUCCAAACUGCCCAAGYCUCUUUCAAUACCCCAAGAAGAAAGGUUGGAGUCCUUCAGAUGAUAUCUGGUAUGAAAACCGUCCGCUGGGCGUGAAUAAGUUGGGUAACAUGAUGUCCGAAAUAAGCCAAGAAGCUUGUCUUUCUCGUCGGUAUACAAACCACUCUUUGAGAGCAACGGCGAUUACUUUAUGGUCAGAGGCAGGUAUCUCAAACCGACACAUAAUG